AUGAGCUCGUUGUUUUCCAGCCCGAGCCCUCUUCCCCAGUUUCGAGAAGAUCUAUUGUCAGAUCCAGAGUAUACCCGCAAAAAAAUAACGUUGACGGAUGGACGGAUGAUGUCCUAUUCCGAAUGCGGCAAUCUCGAGUCCGGACACCCAGUGCUCUUCCAAAUGGGAUUGAUGGGAUCCUCGCUGGCAGUCAUUGCCGUUCAUGAACAAGCUGUCAAGGCCGAUUUGCGUCUUAUUUGUUUGGAUUAUCCAGGAAUUGGGGAGUCCACCAACGUUCCCAAUAGAACAAUGCUAGAUUGGGGCUCCGAUGUCGAGGAGUUUUUUCAGCAAGUGCUGUCGGGACACGACAAGAUAUCUCUACUGGGUCAUUGCAUGGGCGUACCACAUAUUAUGGCAGCGUGGCCCAAAUUAUCGCAUCGAGUGAGCCACAUCACCUUGGUCGCUCCAUGGGUAGGAGAAACACAAACUAAUCCUUGGUGGAUGCGGAAUAUCGUCCAAAAGCUUCCAGGACAAUCCACUUAUCUACCCGCAGUGUCGGCGAGUGUGCUGGCAGGGACCACGUAUUUCAACUAUCCCAUGAGUUAUAUCGUGGGAGAUGAGUCUGUGAGCAAACUAUUGCGAGCUUUGCAUGAAAUUCACUUGUACAAUCGCUUCCAGGGCAAUGGCGGGAACAGGGAAAUGCUCCGUCUCGCAUUUGAAUCGCCCAACAAGGAAGUUUUCUGGGAUCCUAUACUGGCAAAGAUUUCGGAGGAAUUUGGGACAGGAGACCAUACCGAAACAAUACCUGUUCAUGUCUUGCAUGGAUCAGACGAUGCCAUGGUGUCCCAAGAAGGUUGUAGGAAAUUCGUUGGGUGGCUCCAGGACAUGAAGCUGGAAGUCGUCUUUACGACCCUUGAAAAGGCCGAUCAUAACAGCAUCUUGCUGGACCCGACCUACAUGGCAAAUGUUCUGCAAACAAGUCGAGGAAAUGGUUCCGUCUCCGAAAUCGGUUUGUCUCCUAAUGUGGAUUAG